CGAAGAGUUCCUAUCUCAAAAUCAAAUGCCCGCCAUGUGAUUCGACGCACAAGAGGUGCGCAUGAUCAUCUUCAACGCUGAAUGAUCAUCUUCAACGCUCGCAUCUGUAAAAAACCGUAAAUGAAUCAAUGCUGAUGCGUAAAUGAAUCAACAAGAAAAGCGAAUGAGCAUAAUGGCCCAGAACGUGCCUUCCAAGGACAACGGUUUCUUUCCAUCAAUUUUGAAAUCCCACCAGGAGAAGUUGUCAAGCUCAAGAAGAAGUAGUACUUCACUCCUAUCAGCUUUCAUCUGCAGGAGAAUUAUAGCCAAAAGCGGACUUCUGCGGAAGACACUCCUGCUCCGGUGCUACCUUUAUCAUCAAUUUUUCUUUCUUUUCUCCUUCUUUCUGACUCUCCUCUCCUUCUCGGCGCUUGUUCCUCUUCCUGUAGGAGCAUCCACUUCUCCAGAAUCGUCAUAUUCCGCAACCUCUUGUUCCGCAAGUCCAGAUGAAGAGCCAACCUGUCACUGGUUCCAAACCAGACCCUCGCAUGUGAGCGGAUUGAGUGUCAAUCUUUGUCUAAGACACCCAGAUUCAAACGAAUGCGUCUCGAAGUUAAGGAUCAUGUGUCAUAAUAUUUUUGUUCAGCGUGUGACUAGAGCUCAAAAAGUCCAUCGAAAACUCAAAAUAAGCGAGUUACUCUUAUACUGACUGAGAUGGCAGAGUCGUUACUACGUUCCUCUUCUUUCAGCAUCUCCCUAUUUCAGUUCUUUUUGCGACUGUAGUUACAACACAUACUAAGUGAAGACUCUUUACUUCAUCUUCCUACUCACGGCACUCGUUCAAUCUUCUAACUGACGGCACUCGUGAACUAGGCGUCUGGGAGGAUGCGGAGGACGUGGAGCGCGCAUGGGAUCACUCUUUUGCUUUCGUCCAACAACAUGCCGAUUACUUACAGAAGAAGUACAAAGAGGACACCAAGGGCAUGACUGAAGAAGAUUUAAGAGGUUUUUUGCCGCCAUCUCAGAUCGUCUUUUCCGAUGACAUGUUGAUACGGGACGUCGAUGGCCGCGAUGUAGAAUUUGCUGUUGCGGUUGACAAGGAUAUUAAAAAGGAAGACUACAAGCUGCAUUUGGCUUUGAGAUCCUUAACCCCGCUCGAAAUCGCCCGAAAUAAGACCUAUGUCGACAUCGGCGCAAACAUUGGAGCCAUCGCGAUGCCGAUGAUUGUGCGACCCGAAGUGCACAAAGUGAUAGCGUUUGAGCCUUUUGAGGAUAACCUGUUUCAUCUCCGAAACUCGAUUGCGGGCUUACCAUUAGCGAAGCGAAGAAAAGUAACAUUGCAUGAAGUAGCUUUGACAGAGCCAGAGGACAUCACUGGUACCGAAAAAGAUCAUCGAGGAAGGCAACAAGGAAUAUGCUUCUACUCAUGGGCAUUCAAUCGUGGUGACUCUGGUAUAUUGCCACAGGAGGUCUGUGAGCGACACUUCAAAAGGUACGGAGCAGAUGAAAAAAUCGACCAAGAAUAUUUCAAAGCAAGUGGAAAACGUAGGGAACUUCAUUACGUCCCGACGAAGACACUGGACGAGCUUUUGUUUCCUUCUACGACAGGUCCAAGCAGUGGAGCAAGCAAGGGCGCGGCUAGCGGUACAUCUUCCCCAUCAAUAAAGAACAUCCGUCUCUUAAAAAUGGACGCCCAAGGUCAUGAGGUGGAAAUCUUACGUGGUGCGUCGAAGCUGCUAUACUCUCGCAUUGUCCGCGUAUGGUUCUUUGAGGUGGACCCAGCCAAACUACAAGAGACUGGUCACAAGAGACCUGGAGAAUUGCUGGACAUUUUCCUAGAUAACGAUUACGGUCUUCUGUAUCAUCCAGAACAGGAGAGUCGGAGAUACAAGAAUAAAGGCAAAAAUUUGACUAAUGAUACUUCUUCUAGUACACGUUCAGAUGAAAGGACAACUAGUACAACAGCGUCAGGACAAGAACCUGAAAAUCUUCCUUCUUCGGGUGCACUUCAAUCUGCUGUUCAACAUAGGCAACCUCCGACAGCUGGUCGUCCUGCUAUCGGUUUGUCUCCGCAGGCAGUGAUAGCAUUGGAUGAGGCCUGGCUGAAGUCCGCUCGCUGUAUGUUAGACUACGGACACCAUUACAUCACACUCUUCGCCCUCCGAGACAGAGAACUUGCGGCUAAGCAACGGGCUUGGCGAGCAGAAUCGCCGUGUGACGAAGAUGUAGGAGCAAUUUCCCUGCAGGGAACAAAGCGUGUUGUGAAUAUGUCUUGAUUUGUGAAAUUGAUUUCCUCAUCCUCUUUUUGCAAGAGGAAAAAGGAAAUGAAUAAGAAAUAUUUUGGUCCACAUCCCGCUGCUGCUCCAUCAGCUACCGGUAUCAAAACAAAAAAUAUUCUCAAUGUUUGUCUUCUUAAUUUUUGUCUUCUGAAAAAUUGCUAUUGCUGUGUCGUUGGUCUUAGAUUUCGUUCACCGCACUAUUUUUUAUCCCCUGAUGUUUGUCCUGGUCACGUGCAUAUGGGAUCCUCAUCUUCAAAAAGAACGCGUCCUCCUUCUAGCUUUCUCGGUGUACAAAUGUCAAGUCACAAAUCAGAUCGGAUCUUCAGAAAGAUUGAGUUUAAGAUGAAGUUGCUGUGCC